AUGAAUACAUCGGUCAUCGAGAGUGAUAUCGGUGUUACCGGUGCUGUAGUUUCUGUAGAUCUAAACAAUGAUUUAUCAAUAAAUUCAGUAAAAUAUUUUCUGUAUGACUACUGGAUUCGCGAGUGCGACCCAAGAACUCGACACCAUUUUUUGACCCGCAAUGGACCCGAACGGUGUCUAUUGGUAAUGAUAUUCUGGUUAUUGUUUGUCAUUCGUUGGGGACCCGAUUGGAUGCGCAACCGUAAGCCGAUGAACCUGAGGACAGUUAUGUUGGCCUACAAUACAUUUAUGGUAGCAGUCAAUGCCUACUUCUUUUAUAGGGCCCUACAUUGGCUUAACUUUGGUCGACGACUCUGGGAGUUUGAAUUCCCUGAGCGUAACGACAACUCGCCCUCGACACUGGCGCUCAUCGACGAGCACGUACUCUACAGUUAUACCAAAUUUAUUGAUUUGAUGGACACAGUGUUUUUUGUAUUGCGCAAAAAGGACCGGCACCUAUCGUUUUUGCACCUGUAUCAUCAUUUUACAGUACCAGUUCUAGCAUGGGUAGUUAUGAAAAUUGCGCCAACAGUUGUGCCGAUCGGUGUGUUUGCCGCACUCAAUACGUUUGUCCACACAUUUAUGUACGCCUAUUACGCGCUGUCGGCUUUCGGGCCACAAAUGCAACGAUAUCUUUGGUGGAAACACUACAUCACUAUCGCACAGAUCUUACAAUUUGCUAUUUUAAUUAUUUACGGCAUUUUCAAUAUAUUUCUCAGCAAUGGUUAUCCAAUUGGUCUCUAUUGGACAGGUAUGUUAACUAAUUUUUAUUGA